AUGAGUGCCGCUCUUAACAAGAUCGCGCCCAACAGCCCGUCGCGCCAGAACCCGUCGGAGCUCGAGACCAGCAUCGCUAGCGCUCUCUACGACCUCGAGACCAACACCACCGAUCUCAAGAUUGCCCUCCGACCCCUGCAGUUCGUCUCUGCCCGAGAGAUCGAAGUCGGCCACGGCAAGAAGGCUAUCGUCAUCUUUGUCCCCGUCCCAUUACUCCAGGGCUUCCACCGAGUCCAGCAGCGCUUGACUCGUGAGCUCGAGAAGAAGUUCUCCGACCGCCAUGUCCUGAUCAUCGCCUCGCGCCGCAUCCUUCCCCGACCCAAGCGCUCUGCCCGCUCGCGCAACACCCUCAAGCAGAGGCGACCCCGUUCGCGAACUCUGACUGCUGUCCACGAUGCCAUCCUUACUGACCUCGUCUACCCCGUCGAGAUUGUCGGCAAGCGUCUGCGCACCAAGAUAGACGGCAGCAAGCUCCUCAAGGUCAUCCUUGACGAGAAGGAGCGUGGUGGUGUCGACUACAGACUCGACACCUACUCCGAGGUCUACCGCCGCCUGACGGGCCGAAACGUCAACUUCGAGUUCCCCCAGUCCGGUGCCACCGAGUACUAG